CACACAGGAGCCAUUCGUCUGRUUCACAAUAAUGAUCGCUUGCCCAAGAAAAAAAUAGUGCCACUCCAAAGAAACGAUUUACAAAGUCUUCCAUAGUGAUAACACCGGUGAUUUUAAAAUGUGAUCUUUUAACGAAUUCUGAUACAAAGACCAAAAUCCUAAAACUGAAUUAACAUACAUGGAUAUUCUUUGUAUUCUGAAGAAAAGAAGAGUGAUUCAGUUUUUAUUUGUYAUCGUUGCKUCGUCAAUCAUWCUUCACCUUCUGUCAAACGAUGAGAAAUAUAACACUAAACAACAACAAAGACGGUCCGAGACYCAACAGAUGGAAAUCGCUGAAAAGCAGCUCACAAGCCAAGAGCCAAAAGAAGAUGCAUCAAAGGACAACGAGUUGCUUCAGUAUUUUAACGAUAAAAUAGACGAAGUCGGCAUUCAUACUGAUGCAAAACAACCUUUAGAGGAUGAGCAGUUGGACUUCAACUUUGAAGACAACGAUGAAGACAACAACGAGAUACGCGUGACAGAGAAACAAAGUGUCGUUACACCUCUUAUAAAUGGUGUUGAUCCUUUAGAAAAACAAAAUGACAAUCAAAUCAAUAUUCUUGAUAAUCAUAUAAAUGGAARUAAGAGACAUAACGCAAAGCUUGAAACCAAUGGUAGCUCCUUGCGUGACAAUUCUCAACAUUCAAAGAAGAAGGAGAAGUUGUCCGACGAAUCAAAACGUGACAAGAAGAUUGCUCGACAAGUURAGAAGCUMYAUCAAAAGCGUGACAGAGAAUURCGCGUGCGYGCCCAUCCCUUGCGKCCUGUAAGUAGCUYGAAACAAACGUCAACCCGAACRAUCAAAACCGCGCCAACAAAAAGAAGAAAGCUGAGAGYAASUUUGCCAAGACGUAAAAGUAAGCCYGCAAAGAACUAUGAUUGUGAUUAUGAAGGGCUAGGUGCASARGACACUUCCAGUCACAUGCCCCAUGUUGCUUGYRUUCCAUACACAAGAACGAAGGAAGUUUGCCACAAAGCYUUUGAGUACWUGUCUCCGGUUCGAUCUAAGGCAGAGCAGUGCCCCAAUCAUGACAAUACUGAGCCAAUMUGCAUURUCAAGACAGCGUAUCGYUAURGUAUUAAUGAUAAGAUUGACAUCCAGUGUGACCCAGAAAGUUGUGAAGACGAAGUUCUCUUAGGRUGUGUAGAUAAAAACUAUGGUAUUAUCCGCGGAGAAAGCUACUGGCGAUCAUUCGACGASGUGGAGUCGUUAGAGGCUAAUCUUCCUCGUAUAAUCAAACAAAACUCUAUUAAUGGUUUCAAUUCUUGUUUCUUAAAAUGCAACAACGAUGACAAGAGUGGAUUGCAGCCAUURAUAUUCCCUCCAAUCGUAAAGAAAAAGCGAAAAGMAAARCGAGAUAGAAUUAGUAUUAACAUUAUUCUUGAAGACGCAAUUUCAAGACCACACUUCUACAGGUCAUUGCCAAGAACUGUAAAGACGCUGCGGCAACUAGUGCAUACCAAAAAAUCUGGAGUGAAGGUAUUAGACUUUGAGCUGAUGCAGAGCUAUGCUGCUUAUACUCUAUCAAACAUCCGCGUGUUAUUCAGCGGUGAGAAGAAAAAAGGGUAUUACACAUCAAAAAGAGARAGCGGKAUUUUUAACACGAUGAAAGACUUCAARGAURAUGGCUACCAGACACUYGCGCAAGAGGAYUUGUGCUUUUUCGAUUUCUGGGGYUCAAUUCUUUCCGAGAAUUAUAACAACAAGCUUGAACCAUUUUCUGAYAAGUUCAAAGAUUUUUAUAGCAAAUAUUUGAACGCAACAAAUUAUUCAAUUGACAACAAAGGGUURACUUCUCUWGCUUGUGAAARCCUUCGCGUUCAUGGCCAUGCWAAUCCUUUYAAAGAAAGUGURAAGUCGUGCCUGAAYGGUAAAGUUAUUACKCAUUACAUGUUAAAGUACGUGGAGCGUUUUUUAAGGGGCGUGGAGAGCCAGAAAGAUAAUGCCCCUGCGCUGGUAUACACCCACAUGAAUACGGGCCAUGAGAAGACUGGCGAGCGMAUACGUGYGGAUGAUGUUCCUUUGGCWGAGCAUAUYAAAGCUGUAUCGAAGUUGACUAAUACCAUCACUAUYCUUCUAUCUGAUCACGGCUCAAAGACUACUGAGUAUUCAAUAUCAAAUUUUUACGGCCGUUUAGAAGUCUCUUCUCCUAUAAUGUUCAUGAUAAUACCAGAUAAGGUAGCAAAGCGACUUGGCAAGAAGGCGAUGAGAAACUUAUCCAACAACCAGAAAAGACUUGUAGCUUUGAUAGACUUGCACCGGAUGCUGAAUGYCAUAAAGAUSAAUGAAAUAUCGRCGCCWGCAGUCAAUAAUUACCGUGUAAGCGGUCUACUCUCCCCAAUCCCUCUUAACCGCACAUGUGGGGAUUUGGUUGGUAUGAGUAGYGACGCGUACUGCAGAUGCAAAGACUGGAACCAUUUUAUMGAUACAAAUCACCAGACCACCAAAUGGCUCGGYGAAGUGGCUUUAGGYGAAAUAAAUAAUAGAAUCUCAAAACAAUUUAUGGAAGGACACACGACCAGRUCAAUAGGSUACGGCGCGUGCGCGCGAUUUCGAGGUAAAACUAUUGARCAUGCGCGACAGUCUAUMAAUGGAGAUAACGUCAUUACAACACUGUUGCUACUCGUCGUGCCCAUAUAUGGUUCGAAGUCAGCUGAACGAUUUGAAGUGACUCUAAAUCACUCCUCUAUUGGUCAACCAAAUGUGCGAGUGAUGGAYAUUGUUCGGGUCAGCAUUUAUGGCAAGUACGAGUCAUGCGCUGAUAAAGGUGUUGACGUCAAACUUUGCGCUUGCGCAAACGGAGUAACAGCCAACAGUAUCAGACCUCUCCUUAGUCUUAAUGCUUURCUGUCUCAAAGUCACUUUGGGCUCGAGACUUCAGUUGAGACUUUGCCGCUUUCGAGUUGUCUAAUGCUUGUAGAGCGAUCGCUAAAGAAAGAAACCAUUGGGAAAGUACAAACUCGUAUCAUGGCUUUCGAGAUUGCAAAUAAGUGCGCAAAUAAGACGUUCAAAAUAAAGUUUGARGGGAAAUAUCGGAAGUCGAAAAUUUCGCAAAAACUACCAAUUUAUUUGACAAUCAAACCUCUAAGCGUURUUUUUGUGUGUGCUGUUGAUAAUGCAUGGAGGUAUGGAAGGUUUAAGCCUAAAGUCCGCCUUGAAGCGGGAACGAAAUUCUCUGAAAUAGACGAAGACAAUGAGAUUUAUAACUAGGCAAUGAGACGAUAUAAGUCAAAAUUUGCUUAGUAAAACAUGCUUGCCUUUGAUCUAUAAAAGCACUUAUAGGGGUUCCUUUUAAGCUACCCCUUUUGAUCGUAUUCUCAAUGUUAACCAAUAUAGUCGAAGGACGCACGCACCGACCAUACUGAAAGAGUCGCACACUCCAUCACUAGUGGGUGGMGAUGUGGAAAGUUGCAUGAAAACCACAGAAAAUAAUUGUUAUUUCAGAUCUGAUAAAUAUUAAAAACUGUCUGAUGAGUGCGUAGCACGAAACUCGGAGUUACAGCAAAAUCUUGUCUCUUUGAGUAUAUAUAAAUAUUAAAUAUAAAUAUUUGAUCAAAUUUGUAGAUACACCGUUUUU